AAAGCAAGAUCUCUCAAACAAUUCUAGACUCGCGUGUGAGUAUGCGUGACAUAGAUUUCUAAGUCACGUUUUCUUGUUAUGUAAUUGCUUUUGGGCACGUGAAUAGCUUCGCAGGGGUUCCGUCAAGGAAAGGAAAUAAUGGGAUUACAUAACGACUACUUUACUACUCGCGCUUCAGCGACUUGUUGUGUAAUGGACGGAGUCAGCCUGACUAAAUGAGCCAUGUGGCCUAGCAUUCGGGCGAACGAGCACUUUGGGCUAUCUAGCCACCAGAGAGCGCUGCUUUCACGAGGCGAAGAGCUUUUGAAGGAUGGCAAUGUUUUCAGCGCUAUCAAAGUUUACUCCGAGAUUUUUAGUCAUGGUGUAUCAGACAAAGCGCUACUAGGUCGCCUCGUAUCCGAUCUAUUAAGAGUCCAGAGUGAGACUUGUCAUAAUGACAAAAUGGCUGUUCGUUGCUGUUCUAACGAUGGAAACGCGAAUGUUGAAAGAUCCCGAUUUUUCGAGUGUGGUUUGUGUGGAGACUUUUACGUCGACCCUGUAACAAUACUCUGUGGACAUACAUACUGCCUGGCUUGCAUUAAGGAUGAAUUUACGGGAAAAAACUGUAAGAAAUGUGGAUUCAAAAUAACCGAGGAAAGUAACUCUGUUAAUAUCCUGUUAUGUAAUAUAAUCUCCAAGUGGUUUCCAAGUUGUUCUGAACUGGGUUCUCUAAAAUCUCGCGCAUGGAAACUUGUUUUGGAACAAAGAUACGAGGAAGGAAUAGCGGAAUUAUCCGAAAUUUUACGAAAUUUUCCACAGGAUCUGAAUUCUCGAUGCUGGAGGUCGGACUGUUUUUUAAAGCUAGGCUAUCCGGAGAUUGCUCUGAGGGAUAUAGAAAUAGCGAGUGCAGCGCGUCCCGACCUUUUACGCGUUCUUCACAGAAAGGCAAGGGUGCUUUCGAGACUCACUGAGGAUACGGAGCAGGUGAUUAUUCUUCUGCUUCGGUGCUGUGCCCUUGAGCCAGAGAAUAAAAUACUUCUUAGUGAAUUGGAGGAGGCGAUUCAUCGACUAUUUAAAAUUGACGUUGCACUUAUUACGGGAACGGGGGAUGUAUGUACUUCCCCUUCGAAUUUAAACAAAUCUGGGACCGAUGGUAACAUAGCAGCGAGUCAAGAAACUAAACGACCACUAAGCUCGGUUAAAUUUGAAUCCCCUGUAAACGAGUAUGAAGAAAUGGCCGUGGAUUUCACUAGGGAAUCCUAUUCUAGUGAGAAAUCUUGCCUAAGUCCUAGUUCACCUGAACAAGAAAUGAGUGAACUGAAUGGCACUCAAUCUCCGAAAGUAGACAAUGGAGCAACAAAAGACUGCAAUGAUUUAUUUUCUGAAAACCUUGAGAACGGGGAUAUCCGUUCUCCUGCUAGCAACACAGAACAGUUGGACGACUUUGAGUGCAAAUUGUGUUUUAAUCUUUUGCUCGAGCCAGUAACAAGCUCGUGUGGGCAUAGUUUCUGUCGCGAUUGCUUGUAUCGUAGUUUGGAUCAUCGAGUAGAAUGUCCAUGUUGUAGGGCACCAUUGACGAAGAUUCUAGCCGAGAGAAGGCAGGCAGUCACUUCUGUACUAGACGGAAUGAUAAAGGAUUUCUUCCCCGUGCAAUACGAAAAGCGAAAGAACCUUUACGCCGCGGAAAUGGAAGAACUGAGGAGGGGCAUUGAUGGGAGUGGCACUAUUCCUAUCUUCAUCUGUACUCUGGCAUUUCCCACAGUCCAAUGCCCAUUACACAUCUUUGAACCAAGGUAUCGUCUGAUGAUUCGUCGGUGUGUUGAGUCAGGUUCCAGGCGAUUUGGCAUGUGUACUGCUGGUGAUGACCCAUCCAAGCCAUUUGCAACCUUUGGAACCAUGCUCAAAAUAAAGGAUGUCCAAUAUCUACAGGAUGGUCGGUCCAUCAUCAAUACUAUAGGGACAAGGAGGUUUAGUGUGCAAUCAUACAACAUGAAAGAUGGGUACUAUGUCGCUAAAGUCAAGUGGGUCAAAGAUGAUGUAGAGGAAGAUGUCGAAGAGAAAGCAGAAAUCCAGAAAGCAACCCUGACUGGUUUUGCAAUGCUGCAACUCUGGUUCAAUAGUCUGAAUGAGGAGCAGCAGAAGUGCAUUACAGAUGCAAUCGGACCCAUGCCAAAUUGUGACCCGAAUAUGCAUGUGCAACAGGAUGGUCCAGAGUGGGUGUGGUGGUCGUUGGCUGCAUUGCCACUACAGGACAAACCCAAGCUGAUCAUCUUAGCGAUGAAAUCCACCAUUGAGAGACUACGCAGCAUUCAAAGAUUUCUGAUGCUCAUGAUACAAAUGCAAAAGCGGGCAAAUCCACCAAAAGUAUCAACAUAAGACCAUUGUUAUAAUUUUAUUCCAAAUGAUGUUUAAAUAGGUGACCAUUUAUUGUGGAAAAUUACAAGUGACUUUAAUUUUCUAUUAAAGAAAAAAGUAACUGAUUGGUGAGUGGGCAAGAGGAUUGAGCAAUUUUCAUUCCAACUUGACCUAGUGCAGGCACGUAGCUAGGGGUGGAAGCAUGUGGUGCGACAACCCCCCUCAGCCACUAUAACCGAUAAUUUCUUAUAAAAGAUUAGCCAAACCCUAUGUGGAACUACUGUUUGUACAAGUUUGUAUGUGGAACUACUGUUUGUUCUAACCUAUAUAUGUAAUGUAUUGGCCUACAAUAUUAGUGCUUAGAAAGCCUUAAUUCAUUCCUCUUUUUGGUCAACCCUCUGCAGGCCCGUAACCAGGAUUUUGAGCAGGGGGGGGGGGGGUGGGGGUUCUUUGGGUUCGUUUACCCAUAUAGCGGACAAUUUUCUCUUAGGUAGCUCUUCCCAGCUUGUAGUGGUGGUUAAUUCUCCUUAAUUAGAACAGACCUUCCAGUCGAGUGAGGGCUUUCUUUCGAACCCUCCCUGGUUACGGGCCUACUCUGGUUGCAGUUUUUCUACUGAGUUCUAGACAGAAGUUCAGGUUCAAAGCUAGGGGUAAGUGCAAGGGUUGCACUUCACUGAAAACAGUCAAAUUUUAUUUUAUAACUUUUUUUAAUUUACAACCCAAUCAGUAAAUUUGUAAUAUUUAUUAUGAUGAUUUCUAGAAGCUGGCUUUUUGAUUAUCUUAAUAUCAAAUCAAUGGUAUGCCACAAUUAUUUAAAAAAUUAAAAAAUCGAAGCCUUGUGUAUCCACCAAGAACGGCUGCAAGGAAGAAUACUUAGUAAUUUAGGCUUGAAAAAAAUGUGAAAUUGUUGUAAUUGCACUUAGUGCACUAAUUCACCAAACACCAAGUAAUAUGGUAAAGAGUGAAUAAAAUUUAUUUAUUAGUUUUAAAAAA